CUCAGGGAGUGUUUGGUUUAAAUUCACCUACACGGGCUUUAAUUUUGAAAUGCAGCAGUUGAACGUCCGGGUCGAAAGUUGCGGGCCAGCCAGCACUGCCAUUACCCUUUAGCCGCAGAAGUGAGGGAGAAAGCCGCCGAAAAUGCAGACGUCUUUAGUGAACGUGGCCUCUUUCGCCCUGCUGCAGGUCCUGCUGUCGUUCUGCGGGUUUCAGGGUUUGGUGGACGGCGCCAGCGGCAGAGGUUUUGGAGACAACAUCCACUGGAGGACGCUGGAGGAUGCCAAGAAGGAAGCUGAGGCCAGUGGGCUGCCCGUUAUGGUCAUCAUCCACAAGACCUGGUGUGGAGCCUGCAAAGCACUGAAACCCAAAUUUGCUGAAUCCAAGGAAAUCUCUGAGCUGGCUCACAACUUCAUAAUGGUCAACCUGGAGGUGAGGGUUUGUUUGUUUGUUUGUUUGUUUGUUGUUCAGUUCUGGUUGGUAACUGAGGAUUUCAAUGCACAGGACGACGAGGAGCCGAAGGAUGAAGCGUUCAGCCCAGACGGCGGAUACAUUCCCCGGAUUCUUUUCCUCGACCCCAGCGGUGCAGUCCGUCCUGAAAUCGUGAACAAAAACGGGAACCCCAACUACAAGUACUUCUACAGCAAUGCGGAGCAGGUUCUGAGCGGCAUGAAGGAGGCGGAGGAGAAGCUCACAGGCGACGCCUACAAGCGAGGUCACACUGGCGACGAGCUGUAGUGGAGCGGACGCCACUUCCUGGCUACAAGGGCUACUCUUCCUCCAGCUGACCCCGAGUUCAGCCCUUCACCCCCAGCGGGCUCAGACUCGCUGACCAAACCAAGUCAACCUUUGGGUGCUCCGGUGUUCCUUUGGUCCUCUGUUUCUUCUCAUUCAGUUUGUCCUUUUUUCCAUGCUGUAUCUAUUUACCUUCCUGAACCUGCCUUUAUCUCAAAGGUUUGGGUUUAUAUUUUUCAGUUAUUUUUGUUAGUUUUUACAAAGUGAAGUCAUGAUAAUUUGUCCGUUUUGAUCGUUGAACUUGUAACUCCAGCUGCUUCAUCCUGCUGCAGCUCUAAAUAUGUCGUCAGUUUUGGUUUAAAGGUUUCAUCGUUUACUGCCAGCAGGUUAAGUUUAAUCGAUUAUUUACCUUUUAGCUGUUUUAACAUCAUUUUAUGCCAAAAAUUGCUCUUUCCACCUUAAGCAGCAUCUCUUUCAGUUUCUUCUAACUUCAGAUAAAUUUUUAAGAUGUGCUUCCAAUGACCCUCUACAGUAUUUUAACUAUAUUUCUGGUAUUUUCAUUUGAGCUUCUUGUCCUGUAGUUUAUAUUUACCAUCCGAUCCUUUCGUUUCUGAUCUUCUGCACAUAAACGCCGCUCUGCUUUUUUCUAACCAGCCUCUGCAAACAGCUGAUGGGGAGUUGUGUUGAUGUAUUUUAUACAUGUACACACCAGAGUGUGCAAAUAAAGUUUGUGGUACAGACUUUGA